CUGACAAUCUGCUCCAAAUGUUUUCCAUAUUUGUUCAGCCUCCUUGAUUCAAAUACCAGGAACAACUCAGCCAGCACAAAGCGAAGCUUCAGGGGCACAAAAAAAAAAAAAAAAAUCCCCACCUCAACACGCCCAUCAGCUAGGAAAAAAAAAAGUUCAUCAACAUGAGAAAAGAGGAGAAGAAACCUCAGAACAACACGUCCCUUAAAAACCAGAACCAGGCAGGGAAGGCACCUGAAGGGGAGAAAAGCACCGAUCCAGCCAAGCAGCAGGAGCCAGCAAUGAAGAAGAAAGCCAAGGGGGAUCCCAAAACGGGCCAGGAGGAAGAAUCCCACACUUGUUGUGGCUGCCGUUUCCCGCUGCUGGUUGCCUUGUUGCAGCUGGUGUUAGGCAUCUCUAUAACAGUGCUGGGCUUCAUUAUGGCAGGCAUCAGCUCUUCUUUACUAGUCAGAGACACUCCAUAUUGGGCUGGGAUAAUUGUCUGUGUGGUGGCCUUAGUGGGAAUGGUGAUGCUUUGUGUUUCAUAUCAGCCUGAGGAGAAGACAUGUUUCCAGUUUGCCAUAAAGCUGGUGUACUUUCUACUGAGCACCCUGAGUCUGAUUACCUGUGUUCUGGCAGUGGCUUUUGUUGCACAUCAUUAUUCACAGAUUACACAGUUUACCUGUGAUGCCGUCCUUGACUCUUGCCAGUGCAAACUGGACACUUCAGAUCCCCUCAGUAGGACCUUCGUUUACCAGGAUGUAUUUGACUGUACCAGUGUCACUGGCACUUUCAAUCUGUAUCUGCUACUGCAGAUGGUUCUUAAUCUGAUCACAGCCAUUGUGUGUUUGUUGGCAUGCUUUGUGAUGUGGAAACACAGAUAUCAAGUCUUUUUUGUGGGCGUUCGGUUACACUCAUUAACUGGUACUGAAAUCCAGCAACAGAAAGUAUAGGGGGGUGGUUUGGGUUUGUUUUGAAGAGUGAAUAACUAAUGUCAGGCUAUUACCACCGUAGAAACCGCAAAUAGAUGAUUGUUUAAAGAUUUUUGACAAAGACAACCAUUCACACAUUUUUAAUGAAUAUAUUUAUAUUUUUCAGUCAUUCGAAGAGCAAUUUUUAUGGCCACUAUUGUCAAGGGCCCUUGUGGGAAGAGCUAGAUGUAUCACAAAAAUUCUAAAGAUGUGGCUGUACAAAUAGUCGCCAAAGAGCAUCUUUAAUAGGCAUAGACAAAAGCAGUUUUGAUAAUUACUGGGAUUCCUCUGCUGAGCUAUAUAUGGUAACAAACAAUGAGCCAGAUUCUUGGUUGGUGUCAGUCUGUUUGUUCCAUUGAUUUCAGUGGAGCUAUGCUGAGGAUCUGGUCCAGACUGUUUAAGUGAAAUUAUUCCAGUUAUGCUUAGGGAGUUGUGCUCUUGGAUAUCUCACAUUGUCAUUACUGGGAUUUACUGUAUAUGUGUGAGCAGCGAGGAGAGGUUGAGACCCUUCCAAAUGCAAACUAAGACCAGCAACAAAUGAGACUCUAUUGCUAGUAACAAUAUAAACUCUAGUCAAGGUUUUCAAAAGGGCCUAAUGAGAUCCCUUAAAGGGGCCUGAUUUUCCAGGAGUGGUGCUCAGCUCUUUCUGAAAAUCAGACCUAUGUAAGGUCCUUCAAGCUGGACACCUAAAACUGAAGCUCCCAAAUAGCUAGUGGCUUUUGGAAAGCCUGUAUCAACAUGAUUGUAAUAGCACUGCAUACAAAAAGGAUGUUUACCCAAUUACUCCAGUUCUACUUUCCUCCAAGUGCAGCAGGCCAAAUGCCUUCUUGGCGUACUUCCUGUGAAGACAAUAGAGUUGUACCAGGGAUGGAUUUGGCCCCAAAACUCUGAAAGAUAUAUCACUGCAUAAAUAAAAAGUCCCCCCGCUCCCCGAGAAGGUAUUGCCAGUGUCCUAAGAACAUAAUCUACGAGUACAAGAGCACAAUGAUUUCCUAAUGAGUGGUGGUGAAGAUAAUCAAUCAUUCAUUGCAAACUGCAUUUGAAUAGUGGUUUGUAUCCCAACAGUUAGGAUCCAAAAGUGCUUUACGGCUUAUGGGCCUGAUUCUCUACUGAUUUACUCCUUGUAUAGUCAUUUGCGCCUCUGUAAAGUGGAUACAAAACUUCUGUGAGUGAACAAAGACUUCUGAUUUGGUAGUACUUUGCGCACAUUCAUUUGCACAGAUGCACAAAGGGCAAGAGCCAAGGCAGUGGAGAAUCUUGCCCUGUAUAUCUAGAGAUCCCGCAUCCCGCCUGAAGUGACUCCACUGUUUGGGUGCAAUAAAACCACCAUUGUGUAUCACCAAAACUGUACAACAGCUUCUGUAGGAAGGGGAGGGAGAAUAACUUAAGAGGUAGCAUUUUCAAAAGUGCCUACAUGACUUAUGCGCUUCAGUCCCAAUUUCAAAAGUGAUUUAGGCACUUAGGAGCAUAAGUUCCUUUGACUUGCAAUGACACUUAAGCUUCCUAGGUGCUUGUCACUUUUGAAAAUGUGACUAAGGCUCCUAAGUCACAUAGGCUGAGACCUGCAAAGAUAUUUGGACACCUACCUCCCAUUGAACUCAGUGGGAAUUAAGUGCCUAAAUGCCUUUGGGCAUCUGGGUCUUAACCACUUAUGAAAAAUGUUAACCCCCAAAGUGUAAUUUUUUUGAGACCAGUCUCAACCUGGCCUCCUUUUUUGUGCCCACAAACCUGCAGGCACAAGUACUUGUGGGUACAAUUUUGCAUCAGCAUUAACUGUGCAAGUAAACUGGUGCACUCUAAGCAGCAAAUCUGACUCCAAAAUGGUCUUCAAAUAAAGCUGAGGUAAUGCCAACCUUGGGAAGAAGCCAGGUGCAGUGGAAUUCAAUCAAAAGGAUUGAUUUGGGGGCCCCCCACCACCACCAUUUGGGGACCGAUUCACCUCGCCUUGAUGUUAGUGGAAAAUAUCUUACUGAUGUCAGUGGGAGUUGCUUGAUCUUAACAUCUGAAUAGCCAUUGCAUGUGACCCCAUGGAAUAUUUAGCGUCCCAAAGGAGACACGUAUGAGAAGUAACUUUUCCUCCUUUCCAGUACAGUCCAGAGACAGAAAAGAGGGCAGGGUUCACCCCUCAAAAUGGGGGACCCCUGGAGAUCCAGAGGAUGGGGCCCCAUAGCAGUCCUGAUAGCUCGCUCUCAGGGCUGCUCCGUUUCAGCUGUGGGGUAACAUUUUUCAAAGUGUCUAAGAAGCCCCAUUUUCAAAAAGGACUUAGGCACUCAGGAAUCUCAGUCUUGUUCAUUUGGGCACUUUUGAAAAUGCUACUUACAAUUUUUGGUGGGAAAUACAACCAUUUUACUCCCAUUGUUCAAAGGAUGCCUUUAUCCAGGCUGGUGUCUUACCAAACAUCCAGGGGAUUUUAUUGGCCAGGGAAGAAGUAGUGGGGGUGAGAAUAACUGAAUUAUUUUAGUUUUGUGAACAGGGUUUUGUUAUCCUGUUUUAAAGGGGAUAGCUCAAAGAGUGAGGGCUGCUACCACUAAAGCCGGCACCCUUUGGUAUCUCUAGCACUCUCAGUGGCAAGGCCAAGGACUGCAUAGACAUGGAGCCUGACCAACCCUCUCACUCCACAUGAGGCUGAGUGGCAGGGCAGGAUGGGAAGUUUGAUCUGCUGCUGCUGUGCCAUAUUUCCACUAUGGCUAAAUGGUCAUUCUCCAGCUCUGUCAGUUUUAAUCCUUUGACCUUCAUCCUAAUCCCUUGUUUUCAUUUUCUGUUCACUGCAAUCUGUUAGGUCCUGCACCCUGUGCCUCCUCUCUCAUGUGAAGGGGCGGAAGGCGACCUGCCGCACAGAGGGCUCCAGCCACAAUCCAAUGAUUUAAAUAGGUUGGCACCAGUGGCGUAUUAACAAACUUGCCACCCCUAGGCCCACAAAAAAUGGCCGCAACCCCCCUCC